AUGGAGAUCCAGAGGAAUGUCUCAGAAUUCAUUCUUUUGGGAUUUUCGUAUGACCAGAACAUGCAAAUAUUUUGCUUUGUGCUCUUCUUAUUCUGUUAUGUUGCCCUGUUGGCAGGAAACCUUCUGAUCCUUGUCUCCGUUCGAUGCAGCCCUCUGUUUCACCAACCCAUGUACUACUUCCUCAGCCACUUAUCCACUAUGGACAUCUGCUACACCUCUAGCAUUACACCCAAAUUAAUUGCUGACCUGCUAGUGGAAAGAAAAAUCAUCUCCUAUGGUAACUGCAUGUUACAGGUCUUUACAAUGCACUUCUUUGGAAUGAUUGAAGUUUUAAUCCUUACAGUCAUGGCCUUUGAUCGCUAUGCUGCCAUCUGCAAACCUCUCCACUACCUACUUAUCAUGAACAGGACAAGGUGCAGUCUCCUACUCUUAGUGGCUUGGGCUGGUGGGGCUGUCCACUCCUUUCCUCAAUUUUUUAUGGUAAUCCGGUUGCCCUUCUGUGGUCCUAAUGAAAUCGAUCACUACUUUUGUGAUAUUUUUCCUUUGCUAAAGGUCGCCUGUAGUGAUACUUACAUCACUGGUGUUCUUGUGAUUGCCUUUUCAGGUAUUGUUGCCUUAGUAACCUUUAUUGUCUUAGUUGUUUCUUAUGGGACAAUAUUGUUCACUUUAAGAAAUCUCUCCGCUGAGGGAAGACGCAAAGCCCUCUCCACCUGUGGCUCUCACAUAAUGGUGUUAGUUUUACUCUUCAUGCCCUGUAUCUAUACUUAUGUUCUACCCGCAGAGAGUGAGAAUGGAUAUAAGGAAAUUUCUGUAUUUUAUACUGUGAUUGUCCCCAUGCCAAAUCCUCUCAACUAUACUAUGAGAAAGAUGGAGAUGAAAAUCUCCAUGGGGUAG